AUGAGUAAUGGUUUUACUGGUUUCAUUUUUGCCUCUGUUGUUUUCCUGCAGGUCAAGGCAACAGAUGCAGAUGCCAACCAGUUUGGUGAAAUUGAAUAUUUUCUUUAUGAUGGAUUCCAUUAUUAUGAAAAAUCCAAAGCCUUCCAGAUUGACCCACGCACUGGUCAGAUCUGUGUAUCUCAAGACAUUGACAGAGAAGGAGAUCCAACCACUUACGAUCUGUUAGUAAAAGCUACAGAUGGGGGUGGGCUGAGUGCCCAAGCUUUUGUUCGCAUCGAGAUAGAGGAUAUUAACGAUAAUCAACCUGUUUUUGAACAAGCCAUCUAUGUGACAAGCAUCAGCAGUCACACACAGCCAGGAACAGAGAUCAUCAAUGUUGUUGCCACAGACAGAGAUUCAGGAAUAUAUGGUGCUAUCACUUAUGAGCUUGUCCCAGGAGAAUUUUCUUCUUUUUUCACAGUGGAUGCUUCUACAGGAAUUAUUUACCUGAUCUCAGCUCUGAGCCACCUGGCGCGUUCUGCGCUCUACCUGACUGUUUCUGCACGGGAUGGAGGUGGCCUUCCCUCUGCCACCAAUGCAGCCGUCACAGUAAACAUCCUUCAGACCGCUUCAGCCCCUGCCAUAUUUGAGAGAGCCCGGUAUACUUUUGCUGUUCCUGAAGAUGCUCCUGAAGACACCCCAGUUGGCACUGUAAAGGCCAGAGAGCCUCCAAAUUCUUUAGAAGUGGUUUCUUACCAAAUUUCCUCUGGUGAUCCACAUGGAAGAUUCUCUAUUGAUUCCCAGUUUGGUAUCAUUCGCACCAAAAAACAGCUUGACCAUGAAACUCAGUCUGUUGUGGUGCUCACUGUUCAGUCACAGUUGGGUGACUCCCCUGUCUACAGUAGCACCCAGGUCAACAUAUCUGUGAUAGAUGUUAAUGACAAUCCUCCAGUAUUUCUUACCAAGUCUGGUAAGGUAACAAUUUCACAUACCCAGCCUCCUGGCACUGCGGUCUACAUUGCUCAUGCAGAAGACAAAGACAGUGGCCUAAAUGGGGCAAUCAAAUACAGUAUUAAAAGCAAGCAGUCAAGUGCCUUUAGCAUUGAUCCAAGCCUUGGAGUGGUAAACCUCACCAGGACAAUGUUUGCAGAUGAGCAACAGGAAUAUACUCUACACAUAGCAGCUGAAGACUGUGGAAGUCCUCCUCUGACUUCUUUGCUGAUGCUGACGGUGUUUAUUGAAGAGCAGAAGAUGAGCCCCGCUUUGGUUUUUCAAAACUUGGUGUAUCAAGUAGAAAUCAGUGAAGCUACCUCUCCAGGUUCCCAGAUCCUUCAGGUUCAAGCCUACUCACUUGAUCCACACAGUGUUACCUCCAUGCUGACAUAUUCCUUAGAGCCUAACACAGAUUCUGUUGCAUUUGGAAUCAGCUCUGAUACUGGCUGGAUUUAUCUUCGAAAACAUUUGAACUACGAAUGUGCACAGGCACUAAGUUUUAGAGCCUUGGUCAGCACCUCCAAGGAUGAAAGCCCCAGGCAAAAUGCAAGUACAUCAGUAAUAGUUAAUGUCCUGGAUGAAAAUGAUAAUUUUCCCAUGUUUAUACACAAGAGCUACUUCUUUGAAAUGGAGGAAAAUCCAGUUCCCAGGGGUGUGGUUGGCACCGUUACAGCUGUUGACAAAGACUCAGGAAGAAACGGACAACUUUCUUAUUUCCUCUUGUCUGAUGGAAAGUAUUUCAAGAUUAAUUCCAACACAGGUGAAAUUAUAAACUGGGUUGCACUAGACCGUGAAAAACAGGCUCACCACCAGCUGACCGUGCUAGUGACUGACCACGGGUCACCGCAGCUUAAUGCCACGGCAGCUGUGUACAUCGCGGUGAAGGAUCUCAACGACAAUAAGCCCCUGUUCCCUCAGGCAGCGCCCGGGCAGGAGCUGCGCCUGCAGGUUUUGGAAGGGCUGCCGUCAGGGACACUCAUUACCACUGUUUUUGCAAAAGACUUUGAUUCUGGAAACAACAGUGUGGUAUUAUAUUCAAUAGAAUCAGAAGAGGUUACAGGAUACUUUCAAAUUAAUGCUGUUAGUGGGGAGUUAAGAACAACCCGGUCUCUGUCACAUGCUGAGAGAUCAGACUACAGAAUGAUGGUCACAGCCAGGGACCAGGGGAUGCCUUCACUUCAAGGACAUGCUGCUGUUUACAUCCAGGUAAUCCCAUGUCCCAGUGGGAGCUCUUCCUUCUCUCAAGAUUUUAAGCACUACAUUGUACCUGAAAAUUUUAAACCUGCACAAGUGUUGAAUUCUCUGAAGGGGCCUGAUAAUAAUCUCAAAACUAACAGGAAACUGCAUUUCAGUAUUGCUAAAGAUGGUGAUGAUGUUCAUUUUGAAAUAGAUAGCCUGACAGGAGACCUUUUUCUUUCCAAGGAACUUGACUAUGAAACAGCUUCAAACUUCCUUUUGCAAGUUAUCAUAAAGGAUUAUAAUAAGCAUCCUCCACAGAAUAACACUGUCUUCCUAAGUAUUGAUGUAGAAGAUCAGAAUGACCAUUCUCCCUGUUUUCAAGAUGACUUCGUAGUGAUUGGCAUAGAGGAAAAUGUACCUAUUGGCACUCUGGUUUACACAUUCAAUGCAAAAGAUGGAGAUGGCAGUUUUCUCAACAGCAAAAUAGAGUAUUCCCUGGAAAUGAGUAACAUGGUGGAAAAUCCAUUUCUUAUUCACCCUUUGUAUGGGACCUUGACCACAGCACUUCCACUGGACAGGGAGAUUACUCACUCUGUGAUCCUUACAGUGUCUGCGGCAGACCAGGCAAUAAAUCUGACUGAUCGUAGACUUGAUUCCCAGGCUGUGAAAAUUGUUAUUUUAGAUAUCAACGACAACAGUCCUAGUUUUAUGUCUUCGCCUCUUUCCUAUGUCAUGGAGGAUGCAGAGGCAGGCUUCCUUGUGCACCACAUUAUUGCAAAGGAUCCUGAUGAGGGAAGAAAUGGACACGUUACUUACCACAUUCUUUCGGGCAACGAAAACAAAACAUUUGUAUUGGAUAAAAUCACAGGACUCUUAACUACAGCCCAGCUUCUGGACCGUGAGAUUCAGGAGUCCUACAGUUUGACAGUGAUGGCUCUUGAUGAUGGCAGCCCAGCUCUCUCCGCCACACAGAUUCUAACCAUCAUUGUUGUUGAUGUGAAUGAUGAGACCCCGAUGUUUCUAAAGCAACUUUACGAGACUGCAGUUCAUGAAAACCAAGAUCCAGGGGAGUUUGUCAUAAAGGUGGAAGCGAUGGACAGAGAUGCAGGACUGAAUUCCUUGCUUCGGUAUGAAAUCUUACCGGGAAGUGGUUAUGAGAAAUUCAGGAUGAACUCAGACAGUGGAGAAAUUGUAACAACUGCAUCACUGGACAAGGAAACCCAGGAGGUUUUCAGUAUUAAAGUUUUGGUUCAAGAUGGUGGAACACCGUCACUGUCAAGCACAGUGACCGUAAUCUGCAAAGUGCUGGACAAAAAUGAUCACUCUCCCAGGUUUCUUAUUCCUGCCUCUGAGAUCCGUAUUCCAGAGAACCAACAGCCUUCUGUCAUUUACAUUACCUGGGCUGUAGAUAUGGAUGCUGGAAAUAAUGGGGCUCUAAGAUACAAAAUAAUUGGUGGAAAUAUUGGAGAAUUCUUCACACUAAAUAACACUUCAGGAGAAAUGCUGGUCACUCGUAGCUUAGACAGAGAAGACGUCAGCAAUUUCACUCUUAUAAUUGAGUGCCGUGACCUAGGCAGCCCCUCGAGAAGCUCCACUGCACAGGUCUAUCUAACAGUGUUGGAUGAAAAUGACCACAGCCCGUUGUUUGCAAAGACACAGUAUCAAAUCUCCGUGAGAGAAGACCUAGAGGAAGGCUCAGCGAUCCUGGACCUCUUUGCUUCUGAUGAAGAUGAUGGUCUGAAUGGCAAAGUUACAUACUCACUCAUUGAUGACACCUUUGGAGCGUUUGCUAUCAACAGUGUAACAGGGUCUAUAGUUACUACAAAGGCACUGGACCGGGAGACCAAAUCCCAUUACACCUUUAGGGCUGUGGCAAGUGACUGUAGCACCCAUUUGCCAAGAAGCACCACUGCCAGUGUUGUGGUGCACAUUGAUGAUGUCAAUGACAAUGAUCCUGUUUUUUUGCAGAAUCCUAUCAGGGCCUUUGUACCUGCUGAAACCCCUGUGAAUGAGACAGUAGCCACUGUGAGAGUGGAGGAUGUGGAUCUGGGACCAAAUGGAGCUGUUGUUUUUAGUUUGAUGGUAGCAGAAACCGUAUUUCAGAUCGACGCCAAGACAGGUGACAUCAUUCUUCAGGAGCCCUUGGCUUCCAAGGACUUCAGUACCCAGCUACUAGUGAUGGCUUCAGAUCAAGGUAUUCCACCUCGAACAGCCACAGCUAUGGUCAUUAUCUUUACAGAGGAGCAAGAGGAGGAGAUUUUGUUCAGCCAUAGCGCUUAUGAAGCAAGCGUGCCUGAAAACAGUGCAGCAG